AUGAAUCUUCUGAUUGCGAGGUUAUCCAACUUUCUUCUAACAGGUCCAUACUACAAGUCGGUAUAUUCUGAUAUGCUGAAAGGAACAGCAAUUGAUGGUGGUGUUGACUGUUUUAAGUCCAUGCUGCAGAGAAUAUGGGUCGUUCCAUUGUAUGCUGUGGCUUUCCUUUUGACAUCACACUAUUUCCCCCUCUCGUUUGCCGAGGGGAAGGAGAUCUUCCGGGACUACAGUUUUAUGUACCGUGUGUGGUACAUGACACCUGUCUUCUUCAGCUUCCGGAUGCGCAUCUAUUCAGGCUUUGUUCUCUCGGAGUGUGUUUGCAUCAUGGCAGGCCUCGGGGCAUACCCAGUUGCCUCAGAGCCAAAGCCAGGUCGAGGGCCCAGCAAGUAUGAGGCGCUCGAAUCAAGUGAUGAGAAGGAGACAGUUCCAAAGGAGUAUAACUUCGAAACCGUUCACAACAUAGAUGAGUUUGGAGCAGAUUUCACCCCAACUGUAAGGGCAGGAAUGCGUUGCUGGAACAUGACGGUUCAGUACUGGCUGGCUACCAAUGUUUACAAGCGAGUCACGAUGGCACGACCGAUCAAAGAGGCCUUGACCAUGUUUACAUCAGCAUAUUGGCAUGGAGUUCACUCUGGCUACUAUCUGUCUAUGCUGACUGUGCCAUUCAUCCUAGCAGUGGAAGACUACUUUGAUAAACUUGUUAGAAGGAGACUUGGAGAAACGGGCCAGUAUAUGUAUGACUGGUUUGCUUGGUUUGUGAAGAUGCAGAACUUUGCCUACAUGGGCAUGGCAUUCCUCCUCCUGCGUGUGGACACCACCCUCCACUACUGGCACUCCAUUGGCUAUAUAUAUCAUGGUCUCCUGGUUUUCAUGCAUGGGAUUGCACAAUACGUCAAUCUCAUUUUUAGCAAGGCUCAGCAGAAACUCAAGAAAAGUGCAGCAACUGCCCAUAUUGAUGAUUACACCAAGGUUCGCUUUCUGAAGACCAAAGAUGAAGGGAAGCCAAGCAAAGAAUCUGACAAUCACAAACCUGUUACAGCUUCAACAAAGGCAAAUGGAGAUGUUGUAGAGGAUAAGAAGACCCAGUAGGAUGGUGAGCCAGAAUUACAGACUGGCUGUGAAAUUGAUGCAGAAUCAUACCAUGAACAAAUAUCUCAUGCUGCUGGAUAGCUUGAAUUGUAUAUUAUCCACAUAUAUGCAGUUAAAGUGUAAGUAUUUUUUUCAGUUACUUAUAAUAUCCCAUUGAUAUGUAUUAGGUAGUUUACAACUU